UUUUACCGUCACUAGAUAAAGAUAUAGUUGUAAAGGCUCACUGUGUCCACGUCGUUGAACAAGUAAGUGUGGAGAUUCAGUUCUACAGAAUCAGCUGAACCAUCAUGGGAAACGGAAAGAAGAAGAAAACUCCUCAGACUCAGGAAGCGGCUAGUUCAGGAACUCCUCCACAACGAUCUCAAGCUGAAGAGGCAGUUUCAGAUAGACAAGCCACGAAGAAGGUGCCAGUGAAACAGGCACAAGAAGUGGGAGAAGCUAGUGGUGCAUCUGCAGUGGCUUCUGCUACCCAUCCUGCACGAGAGCAGAGAGUUGCUGAACGUCUGCCUGAAGCUUUACCACGUCAUCCACCCAUUCGGGAAGCUGGGGCAGCUCAGUUACCACAGCAGAGAGCACCACCAGUGGCAUAUCCCUCAGAUCAAACUGCAUUUCCUCCUCAACGUGGCCGAGGUUACAGUUACGGCAGAGGUCAAGAUCGUGGCCACGGCCACAGUCGCGGUCGCGGUCGUGCUCGUGGCCGUGGUGGUGAUUACGGGCACGAUGGUGGUGACAGGAGACCGUUUUCCCCACAACAGGAGGCUGCGCAGCAAGUGGCCGCUGCUCAGCCGGGUAGUGUGCCGCCUCAUCAGUGGCAGCAACGCCAGCAGUCGCAGCAGCAGUACUCGUCACAGACACCUGCUCAGGAAUGGCGAGGGAGAGGUAGAGGAAGAGGUGGAGGGAGAGGGAGAGGGAGAGGCACUCCUCAAGCAUUCUCACCAACAGGAGACACUUUCCAAACUCGGGGUGCACCUGGUGCCAGGGAAUCGCCCUUUGCUCCUAGCAGUGCACCACCUGGGCUGCCACAGCAGCAGGGACCACUGCCUGCACAGCAGAUGCAGCAUAGUGGACCACCUCAUCAGCAACAGCGGAGACCACCACAUGAACAGCAAAUGCAACCCAGGGAGCGACCUCUACAACAGCAGCAGAGACCACAUGUGGAGGGAGCACAUCAGCAGACACCUAGGCAGCAGCAGCCACAGAGCCAAAAAGAUGAUGACAUUGCUCAGAAAAUGAAAAAUUUGUCGUUAGACACUAUAAAUAUACCAGUUCGCCCUAACAUUCUUGAAGGAGGUUCAAAGGGUAGGAAAACAAUGGUCGACACAAAUCAUUUUAGACUAAUCCUCAGUAAAUUGAAGAACGAGAUUGUCAUGCAUUAUGAUGUGGCAAUCAGUCCUGACCGCCCUAAACGUCUAUUCAGGUCUGCCAUUCUAGCAUUACAACAGGCUUAUUUUCCCACUAGACAUCCUGCAUUUGAUGGCAGAAAGAACAUGAUCGCCUCGAGCUAUUUGCCACGUCUCGGACGAGGUGAAGAAUUGACUGCAACAGUAACAGUUAUGGAUGAGGAAAAGAAUCUUCCAAAGGAUUUUGAGAUCAAAGUGAAGUUGGUUGAUGAAGUUGACUUGACAUGCUUGAAUAGUUACAUGAGAGAAGAAACAAAUCUUGUUUUGCCACAAAAAGCUAUUCAAGUGCUGGAUAUUAUAAUACGCAAUGCUCCUGCACAAAGGUUUACUCAAGUUGGUCGCUCAUUUUUUACAACACCAAAACAAGUUUUCCCACUAGGAAAUGGAAUGCAUAUGUGGUUGGGAUUUUAUCAAAGUGUUAUCCUUGGUUGGAAACCAUUUUUGAAUGUUGAUGUGGCACACAAAGGAUUUCCAGCAGAUAAAAAUGUUAGGGAGAUUAUGGAUGAAGUAGUUGGAUCAAGAUAUGCUCCAUUCAACCCUGAUGUUGAAUUAAAUCGGGACCAAGUAGCAGAUUUAACAGCUUUCCUCAGAGGUCUUAAAGUGGAGUAUAAAUUGCCAGAUCAGAUAACAUCAAAACGCAUAUAUCGUGUGAACUCAGCUGUUUUAAGUGCCAGGAGGCAGGAAUUCAAAUUGGCUGACGGGAGACCAAUAACUGUAGAGGAAUAUUUCCGAAGAGAGAAGAAAUACACUUUAAAAUAUCCAAAUUUGCCUUGUCUUCAUGUUGGAGCACAAAAUCGAGCCACUCCAAUAUUUCUACCAGUUGAGUUAUGCACAAUAGUGAAGGGACAAGUUACAUUCAAAAAAAUGGAUGAGCAGCAGACCUCAGCUAUGAUCAAAUAUGCCGCAACCUCAACUGUUGAAAGAAAAAGCAAGAUUGAUCACUCUAUUCGUCAAGCAGACUACAACAGUGAUCCCAGUAUCCAGGAAUUUGGAAUUUCGGUCAGUAGUCAGUUUGAAAGUGUCAAUGCAAGAAUUUUGGAUGCACCACAAAUAAUAUAUGCUAAUGAAAGAAAGGUUCAACCAGAUGGAGGUAAAUGGCAGGCACAGCCUUUUCUAAGGAGCAGGUCACUGGAGAAUUGGGUGAUUAUCAAUUAUCGUACACGUAUCUCCACAGAUGAUCUAUGGAGAUUUGGUGAGCAAAUGAAAGAUGUGGGUAAAAAAUUGGGAAUGGCGAUCAGCACACCACAGGAUGUUAUUCCAUUGGAUAGAAGGUUUCAACCAUACAAACUGAGUGGUCUACUGGAGAGUUUGAAAAACUCGGGAACAGAACUUGCUGUCGUUGUUAUUGAUGAUAGACGUGUGGACUAUGCCCAAGUGAAACAGUUUGCAGAGUUGCAAGUUGGUCUUCUCACACAGUGCCUUAAGUGGAAGACUGUUUCACGAUCCAAUUACAGCACUGUACAAAAUAUUUUAUUGAAGGUGAAUUCAAAACUAAAUGGAGUGAAUCACAACCUGGCACCGCUUACCAGACCUCCAUGUCUUAAUGAACCGAUCAUGAUCAUAGGAGCAGAUGUGACACACCCAUCACCAGACCAGAGAAAUAUUCCUUCAGUAGCUGCAGUUUGUGCAAGCCACGAUCCUGAUGCUUUCAAAUACAAUAUUCAGUACCGUCUUCAACCGCCAAGAACAGAAAUUAUUCAAGAUCUCAAGGAAAUAAUGACUAACCAUCUCAUGUUUUUCUACAAAGAGACACGGCGUAAGCCCAGGCGCCUGAUAUUUUACAGAGAUGGUGUGAGUGAAGGACAGUUUGCAAUGGUUCUCAGAGAAGAACUAACACAAAUACGAAAUGCGUGUCGUGGCUUGGAAGAAUCGUACGAACCUCCAAUUACAUUCUUGGUUGUGCAAAAGCGCCACCACACACGUUUCUUCCCAAAGAAACGAGAAGAUGAAGAUGGCAGAAAUAAAAAUGUACCUGCAGGAACUAUUGUGGACACUAGUAUAACACAUCCCAGGCACAUUGAUUUUUAUCUCGUCAGCCAUGCCAGUAUACAGGGUGUAAGCCGGCCAACAAAGUAUCGCACAUUGUGGGAUGAUUGUAAUACGGACAUUGAUGAGUUGGAAGAACUGACGUAUUACCUGUGCCAUCUGUUCUCACGGUGUACACGCAGCGUGUCGUAUCCUGCCCCGACAUACUACGCUCACCUUGCAGCAUUCCGAGCCCGGAUGUAUAUUGAGGGGCAAACUAUAAACUUGGACAGAUUGCCACAUGAGCAAGCUCAGAGGAUCAUUAAAGACAACAUAAUUAAAAAUUCUCCCAUGUUUUUUGUAUAGAGAAAUAAUGUUCCUGACAUCACUGUAGAAACAACUAGCAAUUUCUCCUAAUAUAAGUGAUGUGACAAUUGUUCCUAACAUCACUGUAGAAAGAAUCAGGAAUUUCUCUUAAUGUAACUUGCUGUCAUUAAAAGAGACAGUAUGCAACAGUGAAUUAAUUUUCACUUGUGUGUGUGUGUGUGUGUGUGUGUGUGUGUGAGAUUAAUGCACAUAACUGGCUAUUAAAAUUGAAACACCAGGAAGGAUAGCAGACAAAGAAAUUUUACUUACUGUUGACAUACAGUAUAUUGGGGAGAAUACAUGCUUAAUUUGUAGAUGAUUUAUGGGUGUUCAGGGUAUGAAAUUUAGUAGCAUACAGCUACUGGCCUCAACACAUCAGAAAUGUAGUGGCUGUUGUCCAAAUUACUGACUGUGUGAACCAGAGGUGAUCAUGUGUGUUCAGCAGCACCCCAUUACUGUCGAGCCAGGAGCUGGGUCGUUAUAAUGGUGACAAAAAAUGCAGUCUGGCAACAUUUUAUUCUUGUCAGAGCCUCCACACAUGUCCAUAAUGAUGCUAUAUGCAGAACUGGGAGAGAAAAGAUGAUGAGGUGCCACUCCCUGUGUCCAGUGUUCUUGUUGAGUACAUCACUGGCAGUCCAUUUCUCUUAACAAUGUUUGACAAGCUGACAGUCUUUGGUGUUCCAGACAUUGUCACACUAUAUACUUGUCUUGCUGUGAACAAGCAAAUGUACCGAUUUUAGUUAAAUGAAGUGUGAAGUGCAUGGCAGGGGAGUACUACUCAUUGUACCAGUUAUUUGAGGUUUUUUUUCCCAUUCCAUUUGUGUAUGGAGAGUUGGAACUGCCUCCUUAUGUAAUUGAUCUAAUCUUGUCCUCAUAAUCCCUUUGGGAGCUAUAUGUAGAGGGUUAUUUCCUUGAGUCAUCAUUUAAACUUGAUAAGUAGGCUUUUUAGGAUAAUUUACAACUAUCUUCAAGAAUCUGACAUUUUAGUUUCUUCAGCAUCUCUGUGAUACUCUCACACACAUCAAAGAAACCUGCCCUUCUCGAUGUUCUGCCCUCUCAGGUGCUAGUCUUGUGGGGCUAUUGAGAUCCUUUGAGGCAUUGAGUAUGCCCUUCCUGAACUCAUCAAUUCCAUUGCUGUGUGACAGUUAUGGGAUCCCAACCAAUGCAAACAGAAAUAUUGCAGAACAAUAAAUCACAAUCUCACUGAGCCACAAGCUUGCUGCUGUGAAAUUCUGACACAUGUUGCUGGGUGUUAUGCUUAUUACACAAGGCAUAAUGUAAUCUUCUAUCAAACGAUGAACUUUCAAAUGAGAUUUCUGAAUGAGAAAGUGACUGUAUGAUCUUUUCUUACCUGCAGAUACAGACGGUAUUACUCCUACCUGUGCUGUAAAGUUGUGCUGAAAUGCUGAUUUUUUGCAUAUCCAAGAACGUAGUAUAACCUCAUGCUAAUUUGUCAAUGUUGCAUGCUGUCAUUAUGAUGUUUCAAUUUUUAUGGCCAGCAGUGUGUAAAUUUCAAAAUUUUCUUGUUACUGACUGUUUUUUUAAUUUUGGACAAUAUGGCAUUUGAAAACUUGUAAUGGCUGAGGAAAUAUGGUAGUGUGAAUAUUGUAAAGGAUCUGACACUGAGUCAUAAAGUAAUAAUUGUUUUCAGUACUUAACAAAAUAUUUGUAUUUUUUUGUCAUUUGUGUAUCACUAAUGGUGUUUAUGCUAUGCAAAUUGUUGAGAGUUAAUUAUUUUUCUUUAUUCUUGUUGUCUUGUUACAAAUUGUGCAUAAUGUUAAUAUAUAUGUUCUUUGUAUUUUCAUAUAGUGUUGUAAUAACUACUAAAUAUCUUUGACAUUGUGUCAACAGCUGAUCUGAACUGUUAUUCUGAAAUAUCAGGUAUGCCAAAAUCACUUGUAAAUCUUUUUAUUAAUUACUUAUGUUAACAGAUCUGGUAUGUCAUCAUCGGAUCGUGUAACAUAUUUACAGAAAUUAAACUUGCAAGUCAUAUAGAGACGUGCAUUAUUUUUACAGUAAAUUAUGUUCCUUGCUACCUUUUAUAGUAAAAUUACACAACAUAACUGUGUGACUUGCAAGUUUUAAAAAGAUCAUGACCUGCUGUGUUACAAGAUCUGACGAUGUCAUCACAGAUCUGAUGAUGAUCAGAUGAAACUGGUAAUCAAUAAAACGAUUUACAAGCGAUCUUGGUAUACCCUAUAUUUCAUAAUAACUACUCAUUGAUUUUUUUUCUUUAUCAGUCUUGUUAACUAUGGUGUAUGGGAAAGUGUUUAAUUAAAAUAUUAUCUUCUCUGUA